AUGCUCAUCGGCGCUUAUGAGUCGGAGAAUCGGAUUUCUGUUUCAGUAGCCGCGUUGAAACCGAUCGGCUUCACCGUAUACUGUAGGUACUUUGACAAGAAUGGUACUGAGCACGAGAAACCUAUGAAAGCUUUUAUUUACCCGCUGUUCGUUGUGAUCUGCGAUAAAAAGUCUGCAGAGACUCAUCGGGUGGCGAUCACCGAUGGGUCGAUAGGUGAUGUACCAGAGCAAUUUCAAGUGGUGGUUACUAGGUGGAAUGAAAACUACAAGAGAUUCCUGACACAUUGUUCGGCUCCAAUAUUUGGAAAAGAGCCGAAAUGGUUGCACUUGGUCGAGAUGAUCGAACAUUACAAGCUGCAGGGAGUCUCGAAGUUCUAUUUCUAUGUUCGAGAAAUCGAACUGAAUGAUAUGUUUCUGCUAAAACAUUAUGCGAUAAAACGAGAAGAAGUCGAGUUGAUUGAUAUUCCAUCGAUUUAUUUCGAUGCAGUGUCUCAACAAUUAUUGGCUAUUGCAGACUGCCACCUGAGAAACCGUCUAUCCGCCAAUUGGACAAUAUUCUCAGAUAUCGAUGAGAGACUAGUAAUGACCGAGGAGAAGGAGACGAUUCGAGAAUUUCUGCAGGAGUCAAUAAGUGAGAAAUACGGAGCAGUGAUGUUUGCUCAGAGGUGGAUAUUUAAGUAUGAGAAGCUUCCGGAGAAGUUUAUUAAUUAUCAGCAGAUCAUGGAAGAAAUGCCCACGCGAAAAUGGAGUCUUACCACCCAACCUGCCGUGAACUGUACCGAUGGAAAGCAUUGCUGGGGGAAGAUGAUUAUCAACAAUCAAAAAGUCCUUCAAAUGUUAGUACACGAUGUGGGCGAGUAUGAGAACGGAUAUGUCCCUUUUAUACUAGAUCCAGAGGUUGGGUAUAUCAGACAUUAUCGAGAUAUGAAUUUGGGAAAAUGGUGGGAGAGGAAUCGUGGAGCUAUUGAGAAAUACCAACCGUUUACCAAUACAACGUACAGCCCGUAUUUUGGAUCUCAAUUGCUCUCGAACGUGCUACAAGUUCUCCAUGAAAUAUAUAAGCCUCAAAGAUGA